AUGUAUUAUAAAGAAAUCGAACUGGAUAUGGAUAAACAUUUGAAACACACAGUCAGUGAACCUUGCGAAGCUUCAACUCACGCUGGUGGUCUUUUCGCCAUUGCCAAAGAUUAUUUUCUAGAGCUUGGAACUUAUGAUCCUGGUUUACUUGUGUGGGGUGGAGAAAAUUUUGAACUCUCUCUCAAGGUUUGGCAAUGUGGGGGCAACCUUUUGUGGGUCCCUUGUUCUCGAGUUGGUCAUGUUUACCGACCUUUCAUGCCUUACUCAUUUGGAUCUUUAGCAAAUAAACGGAAAGGUCCUCUCAUCAUUACCAAUUACAAGAGAGUCAUUGAAGUUUGGUGGGAUCAACAAUUUAAAGACUAUUUCUACACUCGUGAACCUUUGGCUACAUUUUAUGAUCCAGGAGAUUUUUCUGCCCAGUUGGCAAUUAAAGAUAAACUUCAAUGUAAAUCCUUUAAAUGGUUCAUGGAUCGUAUUGGCCAUGUUGUCUAUAAACAUUUCCCUCCAUUGCCCAAGAAUGUCCAUUGGGGCGAAAUCAGGAAUAAAGUAAAUAAUAAAUGUCUCGAUACUGGUUCAUCAGCACCGCCGAGAACUGUUCAUUUGUCUCAGUGUCAUUCUUCUGGUGGCAACCAACUGUUCUGACUCAAUGAAGAAAGACAAGUUGGUGUUGGUGAAAGGUGCAUUGACGCUGAUAAUCAUAAGAUGAGUCUAAUAUAUUGUAAAUUAGGAUCUGUUGAAGGUCCUUGGUCAUAUGGUGAACAUACUCAACAAAUGGUGCAUACAUCUUCAACAACAUCGAAAUGUCUACAGUUCUUUAAAAGUGAUUCUAGCGUUAAAUUGGCUACAUGUGAUCCAAAUGACGAUUUACAAAAAUGGAUUUGGUCAAAGAUUACUUCUUUCGUCAGUCAAAAUGAAGAUUAAUAAUUUAUAUCUAUCAACAGUUAUACAACGUUUUUAUAACAUAAUAUUUGAUGAAUUAUUACUAAAUCGAAGCGCUUGGUUUCAACAAUGUAAACAAAGAAGCACAAAAAUAACCAGCUAUGGUUACAAAAAUUCAUCAACCAACGAUUUAACCGAAUCAUUCCUAUUAACUUUAAAAUGAAACAUUAUGUGAUCCUAACUAUAAAGUGAUCUAAACUCGUUUUAGAUGGAAUGGGAUGUUCAUAUUUCUAUUAUUAUCUGUGAUGUGCCUUAUGGAUUUGUUUUAUAAAACACCUUUCAAUUCAA